UGAAUUGUAACAAAGAUCAAACCAACCCCGAUCUACGACGGGGAAGAGGAAGGGCGAAGGGAUACGAGCGAAAACAACGGCGGAGAGGAGGAGUAAAUACCUCCAAAGAUUUCGUUUUGAGCCCCCUCUUUCUCUCUCUAUCUCGGUCGAAUCGCCCCUAUCUCUCUCUUCGCACUCUUCUCUUCUUUGAAGGAACUAGGGUUUCUUAUUGUCUUCUUCUUCUUCUUCCACCUCCUCUUCUUCGUCGUCUUCUCCGAUGGAUUUGGAUCUGUGGAUCUCGAAGGUGAAGGAGGGGCAACACCUCGCCGAGGACGAGCUCCAGCUCCUUUGCGAAUACGUAAAGGAGAUUCUCAUUGAGGAGUCAAAUGUUCAGCCUGUCAAUAGUCCUGUGACUGUCUGUGGGGACAUUCAUGGCCAGUUUCAUGAUCUAAUGAAACUUUUCCAGACUGGUGGCCAUGUUCCAGAAACAAAUUAUAUUUUCAUGGGUGAUUUUGUAGAUCGUGGCUAUAACAGUUUGGAGGUUUUUACAAUUCUUUUGCUUCUAAAAGCCAGGUAUCCAGCAAAUAUUACCCUUUUGCGUGGAAAUCAUGAAAGCAGGCAGUUGACACAGGUGUAUGGCUUUUAUGAUGAGUGCCAGAGGAAGUACGGAAAUGCCAAUGCUUGGCGGUAUUGCACUGAUGUGUUUGACUACCUUACUCUGUCAGCAAUUAUAGAUGGAACUGUGCUUUGUGUGCAUGGUGGCUUGUCCCCUGAUGUACGCACUAUCGAUCAGAUCCGGAUUAUCGACCGCAACUGUGAAAUUCCGCAUGAGGGCCCCUUUUGCGAUCUCAUGUGGAGUGACCCUGAAGAGAUUGAAACAUGGGCCGUCAGUCCUCGUGGAGCAGGUUGGCUAUUUGGGUCCAGGGUGACAGCCGAGUUCAAUCAUAUAAACAAUCUCGAUCUAGUUUGUCGGGCUCACCAGCUUGUCCAAGAAGGUCUAAAAUACAUGUUUCAAGACAAAGGGCUUGUCACUGUGUGGUCUGCACCUAAUUACUGUUACAGGUGUGGGAACGUCGCUUCGAUAUUGAGCUUCAAUGAGAAUAUGGAGAGAGAAGUGAAGUUCUUCACAGAAACAGAGGAGAACAAUCAGAUGAGGGGGCCGAGGACCGGAGUCCCUUACUUCCUAUGACAAUUCUUAUCGACUUUCUUAUUAUUUCUGGGCCAUUUUUGUCCCUCUCAUCUCUUGUAGCUUUUAUACUCUUGUAUAUUAGGAUGUUUGGUCUUGUUAUUGCUGUUUCAUGUCAUUGCUUUAUAUUAACUUUGUGCUCUGUAGCCUGUUUCUGAUCUUCAAAGGUUGGAUGUAGGUUAGAUCUUGUUUUGCUUUAUUGCAAUUUAUUUUCCCUUUCUUUAUGCCGAUCUUUCCUAUUUUCUUUUCUAGUUUUGCUGCCUUCUGGUUGAUUGAGCUUAGCUAUGAAUUUCUUUUGCGAGAAUAUGGUUUGUAUUCUAUUGUUGUAUCAGCCAAGGAAUGUGCAUUUGUGAUA